ACCUUCGUGCUGUGAAGACCAGGUCACUCUGUCCCGCUAUCCUCAUACUAUUGAGAUGGAGAAACCCACGCCCGUGACCGAGCAAAAGCCAGCUCAGAGGCCCAAGUUAUCCUUCAGUAUAGACUCCAUCCUGGGACACCGUGAGACCACCGUCAGCCCACCGACGUCAUCCCCUGAGCCUGAGUGUCGCCCAGCUUCCUCGUGCAGCGCCUCCAGCGACGUGUCGUUCGUCAGCCAAGACUCGGACCGCUGCCAAAGUCCUGCAGCAUCGCCCGUGGUGAGGCCCCUCCACCACAUGGGUCCCUCACAGUGGAUCCCCGCCCAUCCUUACUUCCAGUUUACCUCCAUUCAUGGUCCCCCAACCCUGCCCAAGUUGCCCAGCUCCGUGGUCCUGCGUAAACACAAGGCCAACAGGAAGCCCCGCACGCCCUUCACCUCCGACCAGCUCCUCGCCCUGGAGAAGAAGUACCGGGAGAAGCAGUACCUGAGUAUCGCCGAGCGGGCCGAGUUCUCCGCCUCCCUCAACCUGACGGAGACGCAGGUCAAGAUCUGGUUCCAGAACCGUCGAGCUAAAGACAAGAGACUGAAGGAGGCGGAGAUUGAGCGUUUAACACGACCCGUGUACCCAGCCUACGGCGGCCUCCUGCCCCUGGGUGGCCACAUGACCGUGUUGCCCCUACAGCGCCCGCUGGUGCCCCUCCUCGGGUAGUGUGUGAGUGAAGCGCCCUUGAUGUACCUGCAGCAGCUCCGGCUGCGUCGCCAGCCGCCGCCCCGGUGGUCCAGCUUCUCCGUCCUGCCUCUAGUCGCCCACCACACUGGUACUCAUGAUACUGGUGAUGCCUCCAGCCGCGCCCACAACAACCGAACACACCCCUCACAGCCCACGCCCACAACAACCGAACACACCCCUCACAGCCCACGCCCGCACCAGUCAUACCUCUCACCAUCCACACCCCUCGCCUCCGACGCCUUUUACCACCUACGCCCCACCAUUUACGUCCUCACCGGCCACUCCCAGCACCAGCCACGCCCAUAUAGCCCUCACCACUCAAGCUUGCACACUUCACUACCCAUGUCUCUCAGCUCCUACCUAUCACCACUCACUACCCUCACCACCCACCGCCUAGCCUACACCUCACAACACUGACUGCUUCACACAUCAAGAGGAGACAUACACACGGCCAGCACUUACACCCGCACCACACACCCGCGCCGCCCACCUACACCCGCGCCGCCCACCUACACCCGCGCCGCCCACCUACACCCGCGCCGCCCACCUACACCUGGUCUCUACCGCUGGAAGACGGAGACACUGACUGUGAUAAUUUAUAGCAGUAAAUGAAUAUAUAUUAUAUUUGUUACUUUAUAUUAUGUUGAUAAUCUGUUAUUUCUUAAUAAAAUCUUUGGAAAGUA